AAUUGGCGCCCAACGUAAAUUUGACGAAAAAUCUUCGAUUUUUUCCACUGAGCGAGGGGUACUUCCACCAAAAUUUGGAUUUUGGGUGGAAUAAACACAGUGGUGGGGAUAUUUUCCACAGUCACGUGGUCGUUUAAUUUCUUUUGUAUUGUUGUGUGUUGUCCUAAAUCGGUUAUUCGUCUCGUCUGCAGAACGAAUUGGUGCAUUUUGGGUCUCUUUGUUCUGGGCCGAUUUGGGGUAGCAUUUGACGCAACCUGGUGACCGAGAACCAUUUUGGAACCGUCAGUAAUCCGAAAACUGGUUCCUCACCGUAUUUAUACUUACGAAACAGUUGGUAAGUUUCAAUUUGUCCACAUUUUGAAGAUUUGUGAUCUCAUUCGUCAAAAUGCCGAUCGACAUGUUGACGUUGGGGGAGUUCAACGUCGCCUACUUUAAUUUGCGUGCCGAUCACUUAGAACCGGACGAAAUUGACUUUGAAUUGAACUCCCGCGGUGUUGUUAUCCCUCCUGAAUCGGGUCAAUCGAGUUCCAAAAAGCGUCGUCGACUGCGAGCGUUUUUGGUCAGUGAGCAGAGAUGCUCCGAGACCGCUGUCCGCUCCUUUAAAGGAGAUAUUGACGCGGAAUUGGAACUUUGUCGUGACAAAUUCGAGUCCAUGAAAGAAGAUUUGGGGUACAGGUGUCCGAACAAAAAGGUUUACCGGAGCAGAUUGCUCCAUCUGGGUGCUCGGCUUCAAAUCGUUAAAAACUAUGUCGUGGGGGAGGCCAAUGAGGCCUUUGCAGAUUUGUUGAGCGAUGUGGUAGCCCUCCAUAACUACCACUUCGCGAAUAGUUUGGUGCCUCCUCUCACGCCAACCGAGGAAAACAAAGAAGAUGAUGGUGAGGAUUUGCUGGCUCAAAUUGCCGCGGGAAAGGAUGUUUCACCGAAAGGAAACCAACCUCCGAUCGUUGAAGCAUCCUCCAAUCAGGCGGUGGGCGAAGAAAUUCGCGAUGUCUUACUUGACAUAAGGGCGGAGAUAAAAAGGACGCAAGAGCAAAUCAAUCAAAGCGAAACUAGGACUGCAUCCAGAGUGGAUUCACUUGAAGAUGUAGUCAGAAAACUAGGUAGCGGUCUUGCGUCCAUUGGUACGAUUGCAUCCGGACUACAGAAAACUAACCGCGAAGUGCAAACACUUCGCGAGAAGAUUUCUGAGUUACAGGACAUCGUCAACAAAAUCAUUCCUAACGUAAACUCCCCGAGUUUGCCGGUAGAUACGCAAGAUAUUCGAUUGCAACAAAGUCCCGAUCUACCGGAUUUGCCUGAUUUUGAGCAGCAAGCAUUAGAAGGAUUGGGUACUCCAGAGAACCUGCAGAAGCAAACUUCUAGCAAGAACUUUGGACUACCCAAUCAACCAUUUCAAAGACGUUUUGACUAUCGUAAUCCGGACAAUUCCAAAAGUUUUGAGAAUCUCGGACCUUCGCACAAUUCCCAGAACUUUCACCAACAGCCUACUCUUCCGAAUUUCGCGCUUCCGCAUCAGCCGAGAAGCUUAGCAUCAGUAGAGAUCACCGGUUACCAGCGGCGGCCCCAACGGGUGGCCGAUUGGAAAAUCAGGAAGUAUGCUGGGAAUGACGAAGGAAUGGGACUCAACGAAUUUUUGGAAUGUGUCCACCAUUACGCUGAGUCAGAACAAAUGUCCGAGGCAGAACUGUUUAGCUCGGCAAUGCAUUUGUUCACCGGUAACGCGUUGGCUUGGUUUCAAGCGAUGCGUUCCCAGAAGCGGUUCUACAACUGGAACCACCUGGUGUGCGAGUUGAAGGCGAACAUCGUGCACCCGGAACUUGAUGCUGCGCUGAGGAUGAAAGCGUCUCAGCGGCGACAGCAGAGGAAUGAAUCCUUCCAAGAUUUUUAUCUUGAGAUGGAGAAGAUCUUCCGUGCUAUGCCUGCGCCGCUAAGUUCUCACGAGAAGCUAGACAUCCUCAAGCGAAACCUGAGGCCUGAUUACAAAAAGGUACUCGUCUUCAAGCCGGUGAACACAUUGUCCGAGUUGAUGCUCAUCGGAAAGACUAUUGAUGCUUCCAAAACCUCCAUUUACCAAAAAGUAUUUGGAGUUCCCAAGGAAGCAUCUACAAUUUCAUGUAAGCCUGCAUAUGAUGGUUAUAAACGAAGCCAGCAGCAACAACAAUCUCGUGACAAUGGAAAUGGAUACUAACCAAGGGUAUUCUACAACAAGAAUAGCCCUCUAUCGUCACCAAAACGAAAUAGACCUCCACCUCUUCGUUUCAAAGAAACGGGAGGUCGACCCGAAAGGAAUCUCCGAGAGAAGACUAGCCCAAUCCCUAAAUCUCCACAGUCGCGACGAGAGGGCAAGCUCUCUGGUGGACAACCACCGUCCGCCACGCAUGGGAGUGUGCUACAACUGCGGGAUUCACGGGCAUGAACACGAAAAGUGUCCCAAGCCCAAACGUGUCUUCUGCGUACUGUGUGGAUUUAAGGGAUUUGAAGCUUCUCGGUGCCCUUCUCUCUCUCUCUCUUCUUGGCGUAACGUCCUCACUGGGACAAAGCCUGCUUCUCAGCUUAAUGUUCUAUGAGCACUUCCAUAGUUAUUAACUGAGAGCUUUCUCUGCCAAUGACCAUUUUGCAUGUGUAUAUCGUGUGGCAGGCACGAAGAUACUCUAUGCCCAAGGAAGUCAAGGAAAUUUCCUUUACGAAAAGAUCCUGGACCGACCGGGAAUCGAACCCGUCACCCUCAGCAUGGUCAUGCUGAAUACCCGUGCGUUUACCGCCUCGGCUAUAUGGGCCCACUUCUCGGUGCCCUUAUUGUUUGCAAAAUGGGAUUAGAUCCAAUUAAACCUAUCUAAUCCCUCUGUAAAUCUUCAAUAGAAUAUUCCCGUGGCUCCUAUCUGUACCAAUUCUUCAAAUAGAGUUUCUCAAGCAAAUAAUUUUCAUAGCAAAUUUUCCCAAAUUGGUACAGUGAGAGUGAAUAUAGAACUUUACUUCAAAUUUAUAAACAUCUCCAUUAUUUUGAUUCAGGCAUCCGUUGCUUGCAUAUUGCUCAACGAUGACCUGCAAGUAGAUGUCAAAUUCAGUGUGAGAUUUUGAGAAAAGUUAGUGGAACACCAGGGAGUGUCCGAUUCCAUAAUCCUAGCGGCAGCCCAAGACUGUCAAACAUUGGCUUGACAACUACGGUUGUCACCACUAGGACACAGCGGUUAUUACACUAACUUUAAUCACAAUACUCACCUGAAGAAGAAUGGUGUCGCCCACACAGCCUGAUUGAGCCGUUGGAGGGAGACAGCAAAUUUUCCCAAGCCAGCGUGAAUAUAAAACUUUCCAGGAGCUCCUCGGAUCCAUUAUAUCGACUUCACCAGGUUGCUCACUUGGGAGCUUCCGAAGAUCGAUGGAUCCGGGAGCAUCACGCAUCACUUCGCGCUGGCAAUCAUCUUCUUUCCUCAGGAGCCGACACCUAAAUCUCUCGGCACCUGACAACUCUUCGAGGUUGUGAACCUCUAGGGGUUCUCACCUCAAUAUACCAUCAAUACACCCCAACUUAAUCUUCCUUCCCUGACAGAAGGACUCAAACCGCGAUCGCCGAUCCAUUCGGGAGGUCAUCUAUGUAUGCGCACCUGUACACUGAAAGUUAUCUUCAUGUUUAUUUCCCGCGCAUAGAUGACGACACCAUUUUAACCUUUUUUUUGUAUCUUCGUUAUUUUACCUGCCAGAAUCAGGGAAAUUCGACUGAUUCCCCACGGAAUCAGUUCGUAAUUGAUCUGCAUUCACGUUCGGUGUCUUGCUCAAGUAUCCUUGGGAAAGGAAUUACUUGUAGCGUUAAAGACAAUACAUUGCGUCCAUUGCCCGUUUGUUUUGGUAUUUUGUGUGCUGUAUGAGUUAUAUUGUAUGAGUGAAAAUAAUGAGAGUGAAUGAGAAUGAAUGAAAGUGUGUGAAAUGGCGGGGUGUUCAUUCAAAUGUCUUGUGUGAUUGUGUGUACGCGUAGGCCAGUGAUUGAGAUGAAUGAGUGAUACACUUUGGAUGAAUGUGGAUUGAAUUAGAACCCCAUCUGUUGAGAAAGUAUAAAUACCGUCAGGACGGGAAUAGUGGACGUCAAAAAAAAAAAUAUCUUUAAAAAACAAGACCACGACAACCGUUCCUCUGCUACGCUACUUCCAACCGGAGGCUAGCAGGGUUUUAGGAAGUCAGGUUGUUUUGAGUGUUAUCUCGAAUUGGUCUGGGGAGUUGAAGAUUCUUAGCUCUCCCAUUGAGAACCGGAUGUGUCGAGGGUGGUCUGGUGCCGUUAAUAGCGACGGGUCCCAGUCCUUGUCUGCAGAACAACCACGAGACGAUGUACCGAUUUAGCUUUAUCCUUUUGUUCGGUCGUUUCCCUGAUAGUGUCCAUGUCAACACAUUUUAAUCUGUGGAAAAUGUCUUUGAUUGGUUAGGUUAGGCAGAUUUUUUAUUUACCUUUUUUUAUUUAUUUUAAUGUUAAUUAAUUUCCUUUUAAUUCGUCAUUUAUUAUCAUUGUAUCGGUGUUAGAUGCUAGGGAGAGCUAAAAAAAUGGUUGCCAAUUUUUUCUCCUCGGUGUGGGCGAGAUUGUAACCUGCGAGUGGGUUACAAUUAACUAAUUUUGAGUAAUUUUCUCGCUGUGUGCAAUUUACCCACAUUUGAGUGUUUUCCGGGUGGUGUGUUCAAUGUCACUCACGAUGUUUUGUUUUGGUAUGUGUUAACGUGUGGGUUGGCAACAUAAACCACCACUGUGUUUUGGCAAUAUUUUAAUUUGUUCGUUUUUGCAUUUAAUUUUAUUCAAUUUAUGUAGUUAGCGUAUCUAGUGGUUAAGGAAAAAAUAUCGUUUUGAUUGUCUCGGUGAGCCAAAUGAAAAUAGGUCCCGUACUCCUUCCGUAGCACGAAAAGCGGCGCAGCAUAAAAUCUACAUGACAAGUCGAGCACGGUGACAGGAGACGGUGACAGAUGCGGUGUGUUGUUGUUUGUUUUGGUCGGGCCGAUGACGACAAGAAAAGGGAGAUCGUUUUGUACCGCGAAAGUGUCCGGACGCGCAUUUUCUACUCCGCUCAUCUGUGUGCACCGUUUAGCGAUUAGGGAGUCGGGAAUACCUGGAUGGUUGUUCCCAUCAGGUCCCCGGGAGUGAAAAGUGCCACAUAGUUCCCGGGAAAGUGUCGACCCGCGGUCCAAGAACGGUGGUGCUGUGAUAGUACAGUGAAUAAAGAGUGUUGGGUCGCCGCCAUUGAGGGGCUAAGCGUUAAGGACCUUUUCGCCUCUUGCGGCUAAUCGCCAAGGACCCAGUCACACACUCGCCGUCCUUACUGUGGGGGCUCAGCCAGUAGAGUACCUCGCCCCCGCAGUUAAUCGCCAGAGAUCGUUACGAACCGCGAAUGAAGUGCGACGCGUUUUUGGUGACCGUUUUUCCACCCGUGAAAAGUGCCAUUUAGUGCCUUCCGGGAACGCGUUUCGCCAGUGGGAAUACUCCCAAUAGUAUCCGGGAGUGAUCGCGUGUGAUCCCCGUCGAAGUGCCGGCCCGGUUCGUGAACGGUAGUGCAAAAGUGCAGUGCUUGGGUGUAGGACCACCGCCAUAGUGGGAAGCUAAUCGUCAAGGAUUAUUCGCUUCCCGGCGGUACAGUCAAGUGUCCGGAAACCCGCCGUCCUCGCUACACGGGCUCAGUCAGUAGAGCUAGUCUCGCCCGUGUAGCUAAACGUCAAGGAGGACGAAGACAGGUAGGUGUAAAGGGGCUCACCACCUGUGGUAGUCAAUUGCGGUUACUACCAGGGCAAUUGACGGCGAGUGAAUUUGCCCGGCGUUUCAUCGCCAAUGUCGCUAGGGGGGAUCCGAUAAAGGAGUACGCUCUUCCCCCUAGCAAAACGCCAAGGACGGUUGCUUCGGCGACCCGAAAGUGCCCAAAAAGAAGAAGAAGCAGAAGGAGAAAGAAUAAGAAGAAGGAAGAAGCUCCGCAUAGUCCGUGCGGGAGCGAAAGAAACGACCACCACCGUGCACCACCACCAGCGAAGGGUGAAGGCUGAAAGCCUCUUCUUACAUGGUACCAGGGGGAUCGAGGCAUCUAGGUGUAGCAGAGUUUUUCCAAUCGGUUUUCUCUGCUGGGGAGGUUGGGAGGAAAAAAAACACACACACACGCGAGGUUGACCCUGCCCGCCUUCCGAGGACAAAGGGAGUGGCGAGGACCACUCGGGAAACUGGCUAAGCGCCUGUUACCGCGAUGGACUCUCCAGAGCGAGUCAUCUAUGUUCGUUGCUGCUAGGCUACGCAGCUAACCUUGAGGGUGCGAUGUGCACUAGCCCAUCUCUGAAGCAAUAACUUCUUGGUGGUUCCGGAGAGACGAAGGGUUUGACGACCAUAGGAACCUACAUGACGCCUACAGGAUCGUUAUGGCCAAGACGAGAGGUGUGAUGGCUCCUAUUCGGUCUUGGUGCUCGUCGACUUCUCCCUGGCGUUCAAUUGUGUUCGACAUCAGCUACUCCAGACAAAAUUGGCGGAGGAGUUUGGAUUUUCCCAUGCAGCAUGCGACCUUGUCAGAUCUUUCCUCGAGGGUAGAAGCCAAAUAGUCAAACUCGGAAAUGAAUUGUCGCAACAAAGGCAGCUCACAGCCGGUACACCUCAAGGAUCAUGCCUCAGCGCUCUUCUAUUUGGCCUGUACGUUAAUAGCCUCCCAUACAAUUUGCAGUGUCAAUAUCACAUGUAUGCGGACGACCUGCAAGUAUAUAUUUCAGGACCGCCUUCUGAAAUAGAUAGGCUUAUUGGGAUGAUCAACCAGGAUCUUGCCACGAUUGAGCAGUGGUCUAAUGCAAACGGACUUUCGCCUAAUCCCAAAAAGACUCAGCCCAUAAUAUUUAGUAAAAGCAGAAUUGAACCAGACCCGAUGAAUAGUGUAACAUUCUGCGGCGAAACUAUUCAGUUUAGCCCCAAAGUUGUCAACCUCGGUUUGAUCAUGGAUAGCAGUCUAAAAUGGGAUGAACAUGUCAACGAUACAGUGGCAAAAGUUUUCAACGUUCUUCGCACCUUUCGUCGCUUUGGACCAGUACUUGAAACCGAAGUGCGACUGAAAUUAGUUCAGCCAGUAAUUAUGCCGAUUUUCACGUACUGUGACAUCGUCUACUUCCCGGGACUGUCAGCAGCACAGAAAGAGAGACUUCACAGAUGUUUCAAGGCCUCUCUGAGGUUUGUUUACAAUCUGUCGCGUCGAACAUCAACCGUGCCUGUUAGGAACACAGUAGUUGGACAAGACCUUCCCGAUAAUUACCACCAUCGCAUCUGCUGCUUCUUCCGACAAGUUUGGUUCAACACGGUACCGGAGUACAUUCAGCAACAUCUUCCCAGAAGCCAGAUGGACCGUACACGAAAUUUCGCGAUGCCAGUCAACACUACCACCUCAAGGAAAAGCCUGCUAAACUACGGAGUAGCUGUUUGGAAUCGUCUUCCAAUUGAUAUUAAGAUGAAACCUUCUGUUUCUACCUUCAAAUCAGCUUUGCGAGUACCUCAUCACUGAAUCGAUAUAGAAUAAUUCUAUACCAUCUAAUUAUUAGCACCUUAGCACUGUUAAUUGUUAUCUAUUAGUUAUCCCAUCAGAAUUGUUUUUUCCCCUCAAAGUUUCCUUGACCCGAUAAAUGUACAAGAUGGUUCACGUAUUAUUAAUAAAUUCAAUUACAAAUUCAAUUACAAUCUCCAGAGAUGUUGGAGGGGAUCAUUGGAGGACUUUUUCCGCGUCAUGAUCCUAGCCCUUGACCUCCUUUCGUAGGACAACCGGGGACUGGGGCUGGCGAUGAGGAGAGGGUCACUUGCAGGGAUAGCUGAGUCCCUUAGCGUAGGUAAGGCCCCAGGUCCGGACGGAGUUCCGAACCUGGCCUUAAAAGUAGCUAUUACAGAGGCUCCCGAGAUGUUCAGGUCUGCUAUGCAGAAAUGCCUGGACGAGGGAGUUUUCCCAGAAGCUUGGAAGAGGCAGAGCCUGGUACUAUUGCCAAAGGCGGGGAAACCAUGUAACGUUUGCAUAAACUAUUUGGUAAAUUUAUAGAAUUAGUCAAUCGUUUAUUAAAAAUAAGAUCCAACUAGAUUAGACUGCUUUAAAAUGUUCCGCUAGCUUGCUCAAUCAACACCGACAAAGCCAUUAUACGUUCAACACGUGUUGUAAUACCGCCGUCGAGGAGUCGCACAUGACAGAGACGGACCACGAAGAACCGACCAUCGCGAAGAGCGUAGAGGCAAACCUCGACAAACGAUCAUCAUACGAACAGCGAUCGCCUAGACAGUACCACGAAGGUUCAACUUUUGCAAAGCGCAUGGAAGCAAGUCUCGACAACAGAUCACCGGACGCUGUGCAAUCGCCAAGAGAGUGAGUUACACGGAGGCUUCAAGUAUGACACUCACCCGAAGUAUAUCGAACGAAACCAACAAUUUGGACGAGGGAUGAAUUGGCGCAUGCAGCCUCUUGCCUCAGUGCACGCUAAUCGCCGAGGAAGAUCAGGCGCAAUUUUGUAGUUCGUCCGUAAAGAACGUUUCUCGCGUCGUGAAGUGCCCAGCGGCACAAUAACCAACACCGAACUUCAAAGUUACACCAAACGAGCUUUGGAAAGGGCCCCAAAAAAGGGGCCUUUUGUUCCGGGCCAUUGUGCUAUUCGUAACACAUGGUUUGGCGAUUCAACGAGCGGACAUAUACACCUUUACGUCGAGAGGAGGGAAGUUGCAGACGUUCGGCGAUCACGCGGCCGGCCGGCGGUACGCGACGCAUGAUGAGCGGGUGUGAAGAACGCGUCGGGACGCCGACGAACGUUCUGGAACGUGAACGUUGGCUAGGGAGCAAGCGGCAUGGAUACCGGGGCGCCCCGCUAAAAAGUGAAGCAGAAUUGAUUAACAUGUAAGUGAAGAGAACAAAGGUGUAGGAAAGUAGGGGAUAGGAGUUAGGAGGAGAAAAGGGGUGGUUCACUUCAAUAAAUGUGUUAAAUUAGAACUUAUCGUUUCACUUUCAAGUUAGUUAGAGAGCGACCAAGCAACUUCUGAUGACGACAGGAGAUGACAAAAAAAAACUGUAACAACCACCCGGAGACCCGUCGGCAUAUAGACCAAUAUGCUUGAUUGACACGGCGGGGAAGGUGCUCGAAAAGAUUAUCCUCAAUAGAAUGUUGAGGUUCACUGAGGGCGUAAAUGGUCUUUCGAGCAACCAGUAUGGCUUCCGGAAGGGGAGGUCCACCGUAGACGCUAUCUUGUCGGUUACAAAAACCGCCGAGAAAGCACUCGAGCCUAAGAGGAGGGGAAUUCGCUUCUGCGCGGUAGUGACUCUGGAUGUAAGGAAUGCAUUUAAUAGCGCCAGCUGGGCUGCCAUUGCCGAUGCGCUCUUGCGUCUGGUGAUACCGGAGUACUUGUACAAGAUUCUCGGAAACUACUUUCAGAAUCGCGUACUAGUAUACGACACGGAGGUGGGUCGGAAGUGCUUUCACAUAACCUCAGGAGUCCCGCAAGGUUCCAUCCUGGGUCCGGUGUUAUGGAAUGUCAUGUACGACGAGGUGUUGAAGAUAGAGAACCCAGUGGGAGUGGUGAUUGUCGGAUUUGCCGACGACAUUACGCUCGAAAUCUAUGGUGAAACGAUCGUGGAGGUAAAGUUGACUACCAACUACUCGAUCAAGGUUGUGGAGGCGUGGAUGCGGCCCAGGAAACUGGAGCUGGCUCACUACAAGACAGAGGUGACGGUUGUUAACAACAUGAAGUCGGAGCAGCAGACGGAGAUCAGUGUAGGAGAGUGCACUAUCCUGUCAAAGCGCACCGUCAAACACUUUGGCGUGAUCAUCGAUGAUAAGCUUACCUUCGGUAGCCACGUCGAUUAUGCCUGUAAAAGAGCCUCCACAGCUAUUGCGGCACUGUCCCGGAUGAUGUCCAAUAGCUCUGCGGUGUACGCCAGUAAGCGCAAGCUUCUGGCUAGUGUUGCUACGUCCAUACUUAGGUAUGGCGGCCCGGCGUGGGGUACCGCGCUAAGUACUGAAUGCUACCGACGGAAGCUGGAAAGUACUUACGGCUUAUGUGUCUGAGGGUUGCGAGCGCGUACCGUACCGUGUCACACGACGCUCUCUGCGCCAUUACUGGUAUGGUGCCUAUCAGCAUUCUUUUCAGUGAGGACAUGGAGUGCUUCGAAAUGCGCGGCACAAGAGGCAUACGCAGGACUGUCAGGAUGGCCUCUAUGUUCAAAUGGUAGCGCGCGUGGGAGAGUUCCACCAAAGGAAGGUGGACCCAUAGGUUAAUACCGAGGGUAGACAGUUGGAUUAAUAGGCGCCAUGGGGAAGUUACGUUCCACCUGACACAGGUCCUUACAGGUCAUGGUUGCUUCCGACAGUAUCUACACGGUUUCGAGCAUGCGGAUUCUCCUGAAUGCCUAGUGUGCAAUGGUUUAGAGGAAACGGCGGAACACGUUUUGUUCGUGUGCCCGCGAUUUCGCACAAUGCUUGACCACAUGCUUGCCACAUGCGGGGAGGACACAACUCCGGACAACUUGGUCCAGAGGAUGUGUAGGGAUGAGUUUGGCUGGAACGCCUUUUCAACGGCUAUUACCCACAUCGUCUGGGAGCUACAGAGGAGGUGGCGCGUGGACUCGGAGAAUGGCUAGUCCAGAUGCAGUACAAGAGGUGGUCCAGGGGUUCGAAGUCGGCUUCGUAGGUCAUACCGGUGCCCUGCGGUCGAGAUCGACCCUUACAGCGAUUAAGUGGCCGCGGAGAGAAAGUCCCGGUAGCGGUGCUGUCGUGGCGUCGGUCUACUGGGUUGGAUCUGAGCCCGCGGUUGGAAAGGGGUCCCCGGCAAGGGUCGGGGUAGGUGAGAUCCUGCUGUCUGCAACCUACGGGUGCAUCUGAUAGGGCCUGAAGGGUAGUGAUACCCUUCCUUACGGGCAGGUCAGAUCGGGUUGCACGUGGGCAUCAGUUCUUGAUGUCCGCUCAGCAGUAGGGCGCGGGCGGGGUUGACCCUGCCCGCCUUCCGAGAACAAAGGGAGUGGCGAGGACCACUCGGGAAACUAGCUAAGCGCCAGCAUGCUAUCGUGAUGGACUCUCCAGAGCGAGUCAUCGAUGUUCGUUGCUGCUAGGCUACGGCAGCUAACCUUGAGGGUGCGAUAUGCACUAGCCCCUCUCUGAAGCAAUACCUUCUUGGUGGUUCCGGAGAGACAUAGGGUUUGGCGACCAUAGGAAUGUGUUUUAGUGGGUCGAGGAGUGAGUAGUCCUGGCUUCUACCGGCAUUGUAGAAGACGGCCUUAACCCCACACUACCCUAACCUUCCUGUUAGGGUGUUUGAUGAGCAGAUUUAUCCCCCUAUGGUUUAGAAGGAAAAAAAAAAAAAAAAACACACACACACACACACACACACACACACACACACACACACACACACACACACACACACACACACACACACACACACACACACACACACACACACACACACACACACACACACACACACACACACGCACACACACGCGCACAC